AGAAAAAAAAAAUCAUAUAUUUAUAGCUUAUACUAUGAACCAAAAGGACCAUCAUAUCAUUGUACAUAACAUUUUCUCUAUCAACACAUACACCCUUAUUCUCCUAUCAUCAAAUCCAAGAAGCUAGUUAUUUGAGGGAAGAAACAGCAUCAUGAGAAUGAACAUAAACUUUGGAAGUGACCAUGAUCAGCACCUAUUGCAAAGUGGUUUGUUGAAGAAUAAUUAUGGUGACAUGUGUGACAAUUAUUUUGGAUUCCGAACUGAGGCAGGAAAAUCAGCAGACCCAAGAAUCAUGAGGCUGCUAGAGUUUAUUAGAGAACUUUACAUUAGGAGGAGAGAAACUUUCAAGAAAAUGGUUCCUGAGAGGCUCCAUGAGGAUCUUGUGGAGUUGUUUAAGAGAAUCAGCACUUUGUUAACCGGUGCUAAUCAAUCAAUGCACGGGGCAAGAACAUUGCAGAGAAGUUUGAGUGCUGGAUCAUCACAGUUGAAGCUUGAUAGGUUUAGGGUGCGCUCUGUUGAUGUAACCGGUGCCGCCGGUGGUGGUGGUGCCGCCGGUGACGUUCAAUCUGGUCAAGGUGGCCAGGGAGACAAUAAGCCUGCUGGCUCCAAAUGAAGAAUGGAGUGCCGAAUAACUAUAUAGUUUUUGUCUUAUGCUGGAAUGCAUAUGAUUUUAUUCAAGGAAAUUCAUUGUGAUUCUUUGAUUAA